UGCAGAUGACUCGAUAAUAUAGGGAGUUAGUACCUCGAGUGAAUUUUGAAGUGACAGACUUUGACUUUAUGUAUCUAUUAAUUUAACUUUUAAUACUUGUAACCUUUGUUUUAAAAAGAAAAAGAAAAAGAAAAAAAAAGGGGUACAUAGGUGUGUAUAAUGGAGUUUCAAAUAAUCCGAAAUUUUCUUACCAAAUAUAAUAAACUCCUAGUACAAUAUUUCCAUAGUCUUUCAAGUUUCAGCUAUUAUUAUAGAGAGUGACAUAAUGGAAUAAAAUAUCAUACAACACCAACUAUAUAAAGGCCUUGGAGGUGGGAAGAUGAGAAAGCCAAGUCUCCCCAAUAAAAAAGAAGUUGUGUAGUGCGUGAGGAGACAGCUUUAUUGUAAAGAAACAGAGUUUUGGCCAUGGAAGUCCAUACCCUAGUGAAGAUGUUCAUUUCACUUGGUUUAGUUGCUGCAGUAGGAUUGUUUGUACGUUUGUACAAUUCACUGGUGGCGAAGCCAGGGAGGCUCCGGUCGAUGCUGAGGAAGCAGGGGAUCAGUGGGCCGCCACCAACCUUUCUACUUGGGAACAACAGGGAGAUCACGAAGGCCCGAAAUGGUCCUGAAAACGCUUGGGCCACCAGCGCCGAACCCCCGGUCUACCACAACUGCGCGGCUGCUCUCUUUCCCUUCUUUGAGCAAUGGAGGAAGCAAUAUGGUGAAGUAUUUAUGUUUUCACUUGGUAAUACACAAAUAGUACAUGUGAAUGAGCCCGAUACAGUGAGAGAGAUAACAACAUGCACAUCCUUGGACAUGGGAAAACCUUCAUAUCAACACAAAGAACGUGGUGCUUUGCUUGGCCAGGGAAUACUAACUUCUAAUGGAGCUGUAUGGGCUCAUCAGAGAAGAAUCCUUGCUCCUGAACUAUACAUGGAUAAGGUUAAGGGAAUGAUGAACCUUAUAACCGAGUCCACAAUUACACUCUUAAACUCGUGGAAGAGUAGAAUUGAAGCUGAAGGUGGAAUCGCAGACAUAAAAAUCGACCAGGACAUGAGAAGCUUCUCGGGAGACGUAAUAUCGAGAGCUUGUUUUGGGAGCAACUUUUCUAAGGGGGAGGAGAUUUUUAAAAGGCUUAGAGCUCUCCAAGAAGCUGGAUCCAAGAAAGUCUUGUCUAUUGGAAUCCCUGGCAUGAGGCAUCUUCCUACCAAGAGCAAUAGGGAGGCAUGGGCAUUGGAGAAGGAGGUCCGCACAUUGAUCCUACAGUUAGUGAAAGAGAGGAAGGAAAUUGGAUACCAGAAGGACCUAUUGCAAAUGGUUCUUGAAGGUGCUGAGAAUAGUGACUUGAGCCAAGAUGCAAUUGAUCGGUUCAUUGUUGACAACUGCAAGAAUAUAUAUUUGGCUGGGUAUGAGACCACUGCAGUUUCAGCAACAUGGUGCCUUGUGCUUUUGGCUGCAAAUCAAGAAUGGCAAGCCCGUGUUCGCGCUGAGGUUCUUGAGGUUUGCGGGGGGAAAAUCCCAAACGCUGAUAUGGUUCCGAAGAUGAAACAGCUAACAAUGGUGAUUAAUGAAUCCUUGCGCCUUUAUCCUCCGGCACCUGUAGUCUCAAGGGAGGCCUUGAAGGACAUGAAAUUCAGGAACAUACAAAUCCCACAGGGUGUCAAUGUGUGGACAAUGGUGGUGACAUUGCACACUGACCCAGAAAAUUGGGGUCCUGAUGCCUAUAAGUUCAAUCCAGACAGGUUUGUGAAUGGCAUCACAGGUGCAUGCAAGCUCCCCCACUUGUACAUGCCAUUUGGGGUCGGACCCCGGGUGUGUCUUGGACAGAAUUUGGCCAAGGUUGAACUCAAGAUCCUGAUUGCUCUCAUUUUGUCGAACUUCUCCUUCUCCCUGUCUCCCAAGUACGUCCAUACACCGGCGCUUCAUUUGAAUAUAGAACCCAAAUAUGGAGUAAAUCUCUUGUUGAAGAAGCUGUGAGCUGAUGAGAUCGAAGUGAAGUUGUUUUUCCAAUUUUAAGUCUAGAUAUUGUUAUUUCCAUUUCUUGUUCCAGUGUUUGUUAAUUUUAGUCAUAUUGUAUAUUUAUUUUAGAAGUAUAAAAAUGGAUAUGAAUUUCUUGUUCUUCGAAAUUGGGUGUUAGAACUAAUGGGCGAAUGA